GUUCGGUUUUCCAUGAUCUAAUCCCUCCCGACACCCAUGAGAAAUUUGGAGGCUCAAAAUCUGUAAUCAAGGCUCCGCUGGUAAGAGAUUCGCAAUCUUGAAAUUAGCAUUUGACAAACUGAAAUGAAGAAAAGAAUUGGCGCACGCAUCAAAGAAAUUCUUUCAUGCUCUGAUACAAGGUUGGGUGCCACCAGUACCCCCAACCUUCCGAUGGAGAUUGACGUCCGUGAAGAAUAUGCCAAUGCCUUCAGGACAGAAUCAUACAAUCUCUUCUGGGCACGUCUUCAAGCACUAUCCAAUAGAGAUCCCACCACGUGUACUGUUCUAGCAGCUGAGUCCACCACCAGCGCAGCUCGGCUACCAUCCUAUCGACUCUUCGUCGAAAACCUCUUGGAUCCGGAUCAGUCCACGGUUAUUCGGACCCUUUCCUUGAUCCACACCCGACCCUCAACCCACUCUCUCCUAUCCAAAUACUUCACUCAAACAGCGAAUGCUUCUCUCCUUUGUGGCUUGCUAUUGAAAGACAUAGACCAUAUACGGGUCAAAUACCGAUCUCUUAAAGCCACCCUUGAUCAAAUACCCAAAACCCAGUUUCCUAACCCAGAGAUUUUAACAAGAGUUACGGAAUUCGUCAACGCUCGGAACCCAUUUGACCGGUCUGGCUCAACACCAAGCCGGGUCCAAGUCAUGCAAGCCGAUUGCUUCAAAUUGCUCAAGCAGCUAGAGUCAAAGCGUGACAAGGCUAAAGCGAAGCUAAAUCUAAAAAACAAACUAAAACAUAGCUCAGCUAUAUUUCUUGUGGCCUUGACAGCUUCACUAACAAUAAUCAUAGCGACCCACGCUCUAGCAUUGCUAGUUGCCACUCCAGGUCUCAUAACAGCAACAUCAUUGGGGCCAGGUUCUUCGACAAGGAGGCUAGCCAGGGUUGCAGCACAGCUGGAUGCAGCUGCAAAAGGGACUUACAUACUGAGUAGGGACUUGGAGACCAUUAGCAGGCUUGUGAAUCGAGUAAAGGAUGAGAUGGAGCACUUGCAUUCAACGGUAAAGUACUUGGUUGAGAGAGGAGAUGACGAGGGCAAUUGGUUGCAUGGCAUUAAUGGUGAACUGGUGGUGAGGCAAUUCAGCAAGAUUAAUGAAUGUUGCAGCUUCAGCAACCAAGUUGAUGAUCUUGAGGAGCAUUUGUAUCUGUGUUUUUUGACCAUCAAUAGAGCUAGAAACCUUGUACUGAAAGAGAUUGUGGAUCCAGGUCAAUAAUCCACCUCGAUCGGCUCCCAACAUUCUAUCAAAAUACUAUACUAUGUCUUAAUUUUUCACCACUAA